UGGAUAUUCUACACCGAAAGAAACUACAACUCUGGGGACUUUGGAAUAGUUGAAUGGGUGUUCGGAGAUAAUUACUGUGGGAACUUGGGGCCUACAAACAACGAUGUCUCAUCCCUCAGGUAUGCAGGACGUCAAAACAACUGGAAGGAAGACGCGAUCACGCUUUAUGGACUCACUGUAUUCUCUGGUAAUGCUCAUUUAGACUUGAUAGACUCAUCCGAUGUACUGAUGCCCAGCGUACAGUCCAUCAUCAUCUCGGGUGAACGUGAUUGGACAGUCUAUUCACUCCCGAACUUCGCUGGGAUCGAGCAUUGCCUAGUGCCCGAGGCUGGAAUGUACGUGGGCUUUUUCCCGAACCUCUCCCUACUGGGGAUCAACUCGGUGAGGUCCUACAGGAAAGGAUGCUUUAGCGACAAGAAGAUCCGUUCUGGCCAACACGGUGUUGUCAUGGACAGGGAAUAAUGCCUUCGCAAGAUUCUUUCUGCAGAAAAUAAAAGACAU